AUGAGCAACAAGAGGGUAGUCACUACGCCAUGUACGUUGUCCGCAGUCUAGCCGAUGCAGUGCCUCAGCCUGCUAGCGCGCUCCAGCGCCGGGGUUGAACGAGAGCGCUCUUAGGCCAGCGCACUGACCGGCGAGAGGCUCCAGCGCUGACCCAGCUGCCACCGCGGAAACCGAACGCUUGGUCCAUCCACAGCAUGGGCACGCAACAUACCCAAGGAAGAAGUCGAAUACCUGUACGACUACAACGCACCCCCACCGCCGAGCCUGGGCCAAUCGGGUGCGAAUCGCCAGCGGUCCUUGUCGUCGAUCGUUCGUGCUCCAGCCCCAGCGUCCGGCGAAGGCAGCAACGCUCAAGCCAACGCCAGGGGCAGCGGCGACGCCAAGCACAAUGCCACCGCUGCGGCGACGUCAUCGUCGAGCUUCACACCUUCAUAUCUCAACUUCAACACUCGCGCAGGGGCAACAGCAUCCACAUCCAACGACGAAUCAUCAACACCACAAGGGGCAACGAAUGCACACGACGAUGAUGCCGUACCGAACCAUACAUGGCCUCGCUCGUCCUCGUCGACGGCCCACUCCGCUUCCUCCGCCGCCCCUCUCAACCCACGACGCAAGGAUACCGAAAAGGACACCAGGAACAAGACCAACGCGGACGCAGUAGCUGGACUGGCAAAGGCGACACACAACGCCUCGAGUAACCUCACUGCGUCGAAUGGUGCGGCGGCCAUUAGUGCUCCUCCGACCGGCGACCGCUGGUGGACCUUCACCCUUCCGAGCCGGUACCUCGACCGCGUUCACGAUUACGUCAAUCGACUGGAAGGCGACCAAAGAGGAGAUACAUUGCUUCCCACGACGGCUGUACCCACCCACAACAAGGAGAAGCGUCAUUCGGGCGACAGCAGCGCCGAGGCAGAGAAGCACGAAAACCAUGACCUCGAUCCGCCGAGACCGAGUUAUGCGAGGCAGGUGAGCAUGAACAUGGCCGCUCGCUUGGCGCCUUCGAGCGUCUUCUCGGUCAAUCAUACCCAGGUUAGUCUAGGCUGUCCCCUUUGGCUGAAGGUGUCCUGAGCUAAUCAUCUUCUGAUCAACAGACACCGGGGUGGUCAACGCCGUGGGCACCCUUUUCGAGAGACGAGGAUUCUGUCAACGCGAAUCGAGAUCCGUUUUCGCUCGUUCAAGCGGCCCAAGCUUCACAAUCCAAGACGACCAAGUUUGAAAACUUCAUCCUCAAUAACGUCUUCGCACCCUUGGUGUUCCGAGCAAUGAAUCUCAUCCUCGCCGCGUGCACGCUGGGUAUCGCUUCCCAUAUCCGGUUGCAGGAAACGAGGAAUAACGUCAUUGGCAUCAUCGGGACUUCGACCUUGUUCGUCAUUAUCGUCGGCCCUUUCGCGAUCGUGCAUGUGUUUGCAACGGUCUAUAUCGAAUACUUUGGACCACCGAUCGGGAUCUGGAACGUACGGACUAAAAUGGCCUACACGCUCCUCGAACUCGUCUUCAUCUGUCUGUGGUCCGCCCUCCUCUCCCUCGCGUUCGACGAUCUUUUCACCUCUUCCCUCGAAUGCACAUCCUUCACUCCUUACGCGAGGUACAACGAGUCACCUUCGUCUGUAGGGCUCUCUAGUGUCGAUGGCACGGUCGCGGAUUCGAUCUGCCAGCAACAGAUGGCUCAGGUCGUCCUCAGUCAGUCUCAGCCUCGCCAAAUCUCCCUUGCGGCUAUUGAGCUCAUCUCUUUCCAAAAUGCCCUCCUCGCACAGUUUUUUUGAGCGUCAUGCUGUGCCUGGCCGUGUUGAUCGUCUCGCUCUUGCGCAUCUUUGUCCGCGUCAGCAGAAAGUAA